CCGCUUUUAUCGCCACUGGGGUGCGCGUGAUGGCAAAGAGAAAAAAACGUGCACGCUUCUCUGCGCGUUCGCGCCGCCAUCACUUAACUCUCUCGCACUUGAUGCCGUCCCAUGGACUAAGUGGAGCUACCCCAAAGUGCACGCAAGAUGACCAUCAGCACCCUGGCUAGAGGAGGCUGCCACCGGGAACAAAUGGCAUGUUUCCGAAAGAUGGAGAAGGUGAUUGUGGCUAUGCAGGACCCGGACAUGGGCGUGAAGAUGAGGAACCAGAGGCUCCUUAUAACGGUCAUCCCACACGCCAUGACAGGCCGUGACAUCAUCGAGUGGCUCAUCCACAAAUACAACAUAGGCGAGGAAGAGGCUCUGCAUCUUGGAGGCAUGCUGGUGAGGUUUGGCUAUAUUUACCCUCUCAAGGAGCCCCGAUUGCUUGUGCUACGUCCUGAUGAAUCGCCCUACCGUUUCCAGACUCCUUACUUCUGGACCAGUACUAGAUGGCCUCCCUCUGAGCUGGACUAUGCAAUCUACUUGGCUAAAAAGAACAUCAGAAAACAAGGAGAGUUGAUGGAAUACGAAAAGGAGAGGUACAGUGUGUUGCACAAGAGGAUCAAUCACACCUGGGAUUUUGUGGUGAUGCAAGCCAGAGAGCAACUCCGGGCAUCCAAACAGAGGCGGAAGGCGGACCGUAUUGUUUUGGAGUGUCAGGAGCAGGCUUACUGGCUCGUCAACAAAACACCGCCCGGGGUGCAUAAUGUGCUGGACAUGGGUCUGGAAAGGCCAAGCAACUGCAAUUUACGAGUCACACUGAAUAGCGAUUACUACAAAAGAGAGAUGGAAACGUGUCGAAGGGCUCUCGGAAGAAACCGUGUCAAGUCCUCCAUCUGCCUGGAGAGUUUUUUGAAAUUCAGUGAGCAGUACCAGAACCACGAUCCCAUUAUGCAGGGUUGUCUUCCCAGUAAUCCCUGGAUCUCCGACGACACCGCACUUUGGAUCAUGAAUGCGGACAUCGUGCCCACCCCGACACGCCUCCGAGUGGAACGUUGGAGCUUCAGCUUCAUGGCACUUCUCAUUGACACUAUGGGGAGACGGCAAUUCAUGACUUACCUGGAGAAAGAAUUUAGUGCGGAGAAUUUGUGUUUCUGGCAGGCCUGUGAGGACGUUAGACAUGGAGAAAGUUCCAAGAUCAUCGAGAAGGUGGAAGAAAUAUACAAAAACUUCUUGGCGCCCGGAGCUGCCCGCUGGGUGAACAUUGACAGUAAAACCAUGGCGACGACUUUGGAGGGCAUCCAACGGCCUCAUCGCUUUGUCAUGGAUGACGCGCAAAUGCACAUCUACUUCCUCAUGAAGAAGGACUCUUAUCCCCGAUAUCUCAAAUCUGACCUUUACAAGAACAUGCUGGCCAGAGCUAUUAUUCCACAGGAGACAAAAAAAAGUGUGUUCCCCUUUAUGAGGAGACAACGGCACUCGAGCCCCUCCCCCGCCAAGGCUGUUACUCAGGAAGACGGGCUCGCCAAAGGGUCUGGGCAGGCAGGUACCAGCUCUGCGGCCGUCUGAUGCCAGCAGAGGUGGACACAUCGGUAAAUGUUGCUGGUCCGUCAUUCGUCAUUCCCCAGCGGCCGGGGCCAGACGUCCAUCAUCGUCAGUCUGUCAUUAUUUCUAGCCGCAGCAAAUCUAAAAUUGUCAGUUGGUCUCUCUGCCAUCGUUACUUUAACCGCCCUACCCAUCAUCGAUAAAUGACAGUUUCUCACCACUAUUUUAGGACCGACAUAUUUUCAUCUUCUUCCACAACUUAACACGUCACACGCAUUUAUAAUGUAAGCGCCGUCGGUAGUUGAAUAAGGAAAGUGUUAAAGUAAUGAGUGCACAGCUGUAGAUGUGUGGCGGCUGGAAUAAAAAGCAGUGAAGUCAUUCAGUCA